AAACAUGUGGUUUACAUAAACGCACUUAGUCAACAAAAUUUAAUAACGUGGGUCCCCAUAUGCCCAAUCAUUGGAAGGACCAAUUGAUAUAUUGGAGCCACUCUUGGCUGAUUGCUCCAUACUCCUUGUUGAGCAAUAAUCUCAGAGGAUAAACAAGUAUCCUAAACAAGCUUCAGUUAUGGAGAGGUCUGAUCAAGAACAAGAGCCAUCUGACUCUCAAAAAACGCCAGAAAAACAGAUCGCAGAGAUUGCAUCUUGGAAACCUGCCAUGAAAUGGGAUACGAAAUUUAUCUCUCCUACAUAGGGCCCAUUAUUUGUGAGAUUCCUGAUAUAACAAAACGACUGAGACUGAGACUGAGUUUUAUGAGAUUGAGACUAGCAUUCAGACGUCUUAAUGGGGAGGAAGUUGACAAUUGUUAUGCCUGGAAGGUAGAGACGUUUGAGAUUGUGAAAAUUCUGACGAUAGCUUUCUGGAGGCGGUUAAGCAUCCCAAUGGCCAUUUUAGCUGCUCUUCCUGUUCCGCAAAUAGCAAUUUUAGUUUUCUUUCCAAAGCUGAGGGCCUCGAGAGCUUUGAACAGAAUGAGGAUUAUGAAUUCACUUAUUCUGUUGCAAUAUGUGCCACGAAUUUAUCUAAUAUACAGAGACUGCAUAAAUCUUAACAAGAAGAAACUCGACAAUUAUAUUUCUGACAUAAAGCGUAAAGCAUGGGUCCCAUGGCUUCUCAAUUUCAUCCUAUAUAUCCUUGCUAGUCAUGUAAGUUUCUAUUUGAUGUCAAUUUAAAAUUUAAUUGUCAUCUUUAA